UUUGUCUUUUGCUCUUUCUCCUUCCUCUCCACUAAAACAUUUCUCUAUUUUUUCCUUUUUAUUUGUUUGUUUGGUUUCUUUAAAUUCUCAGCUUCUAUACAAACCUUUCUCAAUUCUUCUUGACAUUAGGGUUUCCUCUUUCUUUGAGAGGGCUAAAACCCUAAUAUAUCCCUCUCAUUGACUAAAGAGUUAAGCCUACUCUAUCUACUUUGGAAGCGAAAUUCAAAGGGUAAGGUAAAAGCCCUUGAAAGAGGAAGAAAGAUACAAGAUCCUCAAAGAACCUAAAGAUCUAAAGGGAAUAACUGAUCGACAUGUAUGACAUCAUAUAUUAGCUAGAAUUAAAGGCGAGUGUGGGUAUGUGUAUACUCUGUUAAGGAAGAUUCGGAGAAGUUAGUUAAAUAUAUUCGUAGAGAUAAAUUAAGAAGGUUGUAAGAAGAAAAACAAAUGGCGUCGUCAUCAAACUCAUACAACUCACCAUGCGCGGCGUGCAAGUUUCUUCGCCGGAAAUGCAUGCCGGGAUGCAUAUUCGCGCCAUAUUUUCCACCGGAGGAGCCACACAAAUUCGCCAACGUCCACAAAAUCUUUGGAGCAAGCAACGUCACGAAGCUCCUCAACGAGCUCCUCCCUCACCAACGUGAAGACGCAGUCAACUCCUUAGCCUAUGAGGCCGAGGCACGUGUCCGUGACCCCGUCUAUGGCUGCGUCGGAGCCAUCUCUUAUCUCCAGAGACAAGUCCAUAGGCUUCAGAAGGAGCUCGACGCAGCUAAUGCUGACUUGGCACAUUAUGGUUUGUCCACAUCAGCCGCCGGAGCACCUGGCAACGUCGUGGACUUGGUUUUUCAGCCUCAGCCGCUUCCGUCGCAGCAACUGCCUCCCUUGAACCCGGUUUAUAGGCUUUCGGGGGCAAGUCCGGUGAUGAAUCAGAUGCCACGUGGCACCGGAGGGUCGUAUGGGACUUUUCUUCCUUGGAACAAUGGUCAUGAUCAGCAAGGAGGUAACAUGUGAGAGUUUAUAAAUUAUGAGUAUUCAUCCUCUCAUCUCUCUCUUUCUAUAUUUAUGUGUGUGUGGUACGAAUACGAUAUUAUUUGUUUAAUGCAUGGACUGUGUGUGGGAUAUUAUUUCCUAGCGAAUUAUAAAUGCAUGGACUGUUCUUAUU